AUGGAUGGGGCUAAUCAGUAUGACGGCCCCAUGAAAGGUAUCGAAGACAAAUAUACAGAAAUAGAAAUGGAGUCAGAUGAAACCCCUACAACCGAUCAGCAUAUUAGGGACACCAUUGUCCCAGAAAUUGAUCAACAGCCGAUCAAAUCAUAUCGUGAUAUGGUAGUCAACAAUGGAUUUGAAAAACUAAAUCCUGAUGAAAUUGUUGAACUUGUGGCAGAGGACUAUGUCGCUGAAUCCGAUCCCAUGGAUAUGAAUAUGGAGAUUCAGACUCCCUUCAAUCCAAAGCCUAAUAUUGAGGUGUCUCUAGAAGAAUAUGAAGAAUGGUGUCGACCAUGGAAGUUCUCUUUGAUUAUCAAGCCUCUUGGAAAACUGGUUAAUCUCCAGGCUAUUGACCGAUGGGUGCAGCGAAGGUGGGCUAAGAAAGGCUCUAUCCGGGUCAUGGAUCUAGUCGGAAACUUCUUUCUCGUGAGCUUCGGAAGUCAAGAGGACUAUGGACAUGCCUUGUUUGAAGGGCCAUGGAUGAUAGCGGACCACUACCUUCUUGUGCAAAGAUGGAGACCCCUCUUUAUGCCAAUGGAGACACAAGUGCAGAAAAUUGCUGUGUGGGUACGAAUUCCUAAUUUACCAGCAGAGUUGUACAACAAAUAUUUCCUCUGGAAGUUUGGAAAAUCUUUGGGUACAAUGCUUAAAGUUGACGAAUUAACCUCCAUCCACUCUAGAGGAAAAUUUGCUCGUAACAGCCCCACGGUGGCAGCGGCGGCGGUUAGUGGAGAUGGAGGAUUAGCGGCAAAUGCUGAAAAGGAAAAGGAGCAAAAUCAGGAAACCAUUAAUGGGAAGAAUCAACAAAAUAGGAAAGAGCAAUUAGUCACACCGAAUCAGAAUCCGGACAUUGAAAUCCCAAAGAACAUUUCCAAAAAAGGAGAAGAAUCUGCUUUAAAUAAUGAGACCGUUGCAGCUGGAGAGGAAAAUCAAGCAGAAAAUUUGUUUGGUCCAUGGAUGUUAGUUAAGAGAAAUCAAAGAAGGAAUAAGCCGAAAAUGGGGGAUAAUCCUAAAGAAAAAAAGGAAGGUGGAAGUGCAUCCAGAUUUCAGAUUUUGGCAGAGGAAUAUCAAGGAAGAGAGGGUCAGCAGGCCCACAACGGAGGAAAAACUAGCCAACCAAAUAUGGAAAAGGAAAGAAAUUACAUGCAGGUCCAUAUCAAACAGAAUAAUCAACCAAAUAAUGCAAGAUCUGCACAGAAACAUAAACAAGCCAUCACCAUCAUUAAGGAGAAGGGUGCUGACAUUAGCAAGAAAAUACAAAAUAAACCAAAUCAAAAUCAUCAAACAAAGGAGAAACAGAAGGCUGAACCAGGUUUGAAACCAAAUAAGUUAGAAUCUCAAAAUGAGCAUAAAAAUCUUUCAAAAGAGAAGGAAGUCAAACAUCAAGAUUACUGGAGACAAUUUUCCAAAUUAAGCAAAGAAAUUGCUAAAAGCAAGCAGGAGUCCCACCUAAACAUCACUGACCUCUCUGACCCCCACACCACUGCCCUUAUAUCAAAAUUCAUGGGCGGAGGAGCCUAUGGACAACAGAGUGCUGGUGAACUACAGGAGCCACCAGACUCGGGAGAAUUAAACCUGGAUGAAAGCAUGAUGGAAGUCCAAUCCCAAGAAGGAGUUGCUUCAACUCUCGAGAGAAAGAAGGAGCUUGUUUCUCCUGACCACAGGCCUAUGGAGGCUUAA